CCGGUAUUUUGAUCUCCUCCGCCUCUUCUGCCUCUCUCCUCUCUCUCUCCUCUCUCUGUCUCAUUCUCCUCCUUUACGGUGUCUUAAUGGAGAACGGUGAAGAGGGCGGCGCCAGGAACAAACACGCCACCGCCGAAGGCAUUUCAAACCCCGAUCCCAGUCCGAUCCCUCCGCCGCCUCCUCGAGAUGCUCCGCUCGCUGCGGAGGUGGCGCCGCCGCCCGCCCGCACGCCCUUCACCAGCCUCAGCCAGGUCGACGCUGACCUCGCCCUUGCCCGCGCCCUCCAAGAACAAGAGAGGGCUUACGCGAUGCUGAGGAUGAACGGCGCCGAUGACAGCGAUUAUGAGAGCUCGGACGCUUGGACCUACGAUGACGAUGAGGAGGAUGAGGAGGGUGUGGGAGACGAGCCGGAUCACGUAGUCGAGGAUGGCGGGAGCAUCGAGGGGAGCGAUUACGGGGAGGACGCCUUCGAUGCCAACAAUCCCAAUCUCGACCAGCCGGAGGUUGAGAAUAACGAGGCGUUUGCCAGGGCGCUGCAGGAUGCCGAGGAGCGGGAGGUGGCUGUUCGUUUGAUGGCCCUCACAGGAUUGAAUGAAUGGGUGCCGGAUGAUCAUAGGGACCAUCGCGGUAACUCUAAUGAUGUUUGGCAAGAUAUUGAUCCAGAUGAAUACGUCUAUGAGGAACUAGUCGCACUGGGUGAGGUAGUUGGAACUGAAAGCAGAGGCCUUUCUGCUGAUAUGAUUGCCUCUUUGCCUUCAGUUAAUUACAAGGCAGAAAAUAUACAAGAUGACAACUCUGAACAAUGUGUUGUAUGCCGGCUGGAGUAUGAAGAUGGUGAUUCUUUGGUCUUGCUCUCUUGCAAGCACAAAUACCACUCUGAAUGCAUAAACAAAUGGCUCCAAAUAAACAAGGUUUGUCCUGUCUGCAAUGCCGAGGUUUCUACUUCAGGGACUAAGCAGAAUUGAUAUAAUAUGUAAAGGGACCAUUGUCUUAUUGGGAUGCUCUUAAGGAGAUUGCCUUGUGCAUAAAAUUCAGUACAGAUGCCCCAACCAUCAACUCAACUUUGUCAUGAAAUUGCACUUAGCUGUAGUUUUCCAUCAAAUCAGAAAAUGUGACAUUAUGUUGUUACCAUUAGUUAUCCUCCUCAAUGUACUAAACCUAGAGUACUUUUUUGGUCAA